CGGAGCCCUGACAGCUCGCGUGACACUUCUUGUAAGCGCCCUUGGGGGGAAAGCCCCGUCCCCGCGAGUGUGACGCCUGCUGGGGACACGGUGACCGGUCUCCAGCGGGGGCUGCACGGGAGGAAGGGCGCCACACACGUGCCGGGGAUGCUCAGAUCUGCCUGUUACCCCAUGGGCAGCAGGCAUGCUCCGGCCACGGACAAACCGCACCAGUUGUUGUGGCUCCGACAAAGGUGCAACAGAGUUCGGAAUCAGUUUGCUCCGCUGAAAUCCAGGCUGCGCAGCCUUCGGCGCCAGGCUGCUGGGGGCCGAGCACCAGAAGUGCAGGAACGAGGGGUGCUGCCGCACCCCCUGGCUUGAAGCGGUUUCUGUUAUACACAGGGCUCACCGUUUGGUUCAAUGGCGCUCAGCACCCCGGCUGUAGAAACGGAUCCAGCACCUCUGCUGAGCACCUGGCUUUGCUGGGCUGCCAGGGGAGCUGGCCCACCCCGCACUUGUUUCCACUACAGUGCCAGCUGCUGCUCGGAGAGGGGCUGGGAACCUGUCCCUCCGGUUGGCCCCCUGAGUGACAGCUCCCCACGCUGCUGGCAGCAGCGUAUUGACCGCCCGCACCCCAUCCUCUUUCUCCACCUGUCCGAGAGGCGCCUCUCGCUGACAUCAUGGAAACACCCGCCCUCCUCAGACUAGCCGGGAAGGCGGGCGCUAGCGCCUCCUUUGCUUGGCCCAGAGUAGAGGUUUUCGUUGGUCAGUCCAGCUGUCAAUCAAUGAGAUGAAGCCCGCCCGCUCUGGAACCUCCCUUGGAGUCAAGAGACCCGAAGAGCCGGUCCCACGGCUCCCCGCUCCAGCAGGCAACCAGGUGGAGCCGCUGAGUGUAUGAUUCUGGUUGCCAUCCCCCGCCCACCUCCUUUUUUGCUGGUGCCUGUAGCAGCCGGUUGAGGAGAAGGGCUGAGCUGCUUGUGUCUACCUGGGGCGCCGCCGCCGCCUGGGAGCUUCUCUUAGCCCGGCUGCUGCCUGCGGCCACGCGCUCAGGAAUCUCCUUGUGGCCCCAAGGAUGCCAUUGGAAUGCAUAUGGGUAAACAAUGACUCUUGCCCAUGUCUCUCCCAUGUCUUCCAAUACACUUGUUUAAUUCCCUUCGGAUGGUGUUCUAACUAAAUAGACACAAAACAAACUGUCUCUGGGAUCAUGAGUGAAGAAAAGAGCUUUGGUGUGUCCCAGAAGGUGUUGUCACCUUCAAGAAGUACCAGCAGCUGCUCCUCCAAACAGGGAAGUCGACAGGACAGCUGGGAAGUUGUAGAAGGACUGCGAGGAAUCAUGAAUUAUACUCAGGAACCACAGAAACAGGAAGGCUACCUGCUGAAAAAGAGGAAAUGGCCUCUGAAAGGCUGGCACAAGAGAUACUUCUUCUUGGACAAAGGAAUUUUGAAGUAUGCCAAGUGUCAAACUGAUGUAGAAAGAGAGAAGCUGCAUGGCUGCAUUGAUGUUGGACUUUCAGUGAUGUCUGUAAAGAAAUCAACAAAAUGUAUAGAUUUGGAUACAGAAGAAUACAUAUACCAUCUAAAGGUGAAAUCUCAGGAACUGUUUGACGAAUGGGUAGCAAAACUGCGUCACCACAGACUAUAUCGUCAAAAUGAAAUUGCCAUGUUUCCACAUGAUAUCAAUGAUCAUUUCUUCCCAGCGUCCUCUACCGCAGACUCUGUACCUGGUGUGUUCGACUCUGUCUCAAGUAGAAAGGCAGACAGCAUGACAAAACAGAACUCAUUGCGAAUUGGAAGUAGUUUACAGUUUUCCUGUCCAAGUAGUGAGUCCAAGAUUCCACCUUGGCUACAGUCUUCUGAGGAUAUGGAAAAAUGCUCAAAAGAUCUCUCAUAUUGUCACACAUAUUUAAUGGAAAUGAGCCAGCUGUUACGGAGCAUGGAAGUUCUCCAUAGGACACGUUCAGCACCUGCUAUAAAUGCCAUGCAGGGGGGAUCUUUUGAAAGUCCAAAAAAGGAAAAAAGAAUUCACAGGAUGUGGCGGUCUAGAGUUAUUGGGAAAGAUGCUAAAGGAAUGUUGCAGGUACCUACAGUAUUUUCUGCCCCCAUGCGACUGCAUGCUUCCAAUCCUAAUUUAUCUACAAUAGAUUUUGGGGAAGAGAAAAAUUACUCUGAUGGCUCUGAAACAUCAGAAUUUUCUAAAAUGCAAGACGACUUGUAUCACAUUGCACAUAAAGCUUACCUCAUCUUAAAGUCGGCUUUUAAUACAAUCUCCAUUGAAAGAGAGAAACUGAAGCAGCUGCUGGAACAUGAUGCAGCCUCAUCUCCAUCUGCACAAAUAGCUGAGUUGAAGAAUGCCUUAUCAUCCGCCAUAGCACAAAACACAGAUCUUAGAGACCGGUUACGCAGAAUACAUGCCGAGUCUGUGCUCCUUGAUUCAGCAGCCAAUGCAAAAUCAAGUCCCGAUUUGGUGAAGGAAAAUUCAAGAGAAAGAAGUAGAAGCCUGGUUCACCAGCUCUCUAGUGAAAGUAGGCUGUCUGUCACGGACUCUCUCUCAGAGUUUUUUGAUGCUCAAGAAGUCCUGCUGUCUGCAAGUUCUUCAGAAAACGAGGUAUCCAAUGAUGACUCAUAUGUCAGUGAUAUAAGUGAUAACAUCUCGGAGGAUAACCUAAGUAACGACAUUGAGAACGAAAGGCAAACUUUGGAUUGCAUUGCUGAAAGUGGGAUGGGAAGCCAUUCCAAGCGGAGAACAUGUUUGCCGGCUCCAUGUCCUAAUACCAGUAACAUCAGCCUAUGGAAUAUCCUGAGAAACAAUAUAGGGAAGGAUCUCUCCAAGGUGGCCAUGCCUGUUGAGUUAAACGAGCCACUUAACACUCUUCAGCGACUUUGUGAAGAACUGGAAUACAGCGAACUACUGGAUAAAGCAACACAUACCCCGAAUUCAUUUGAAAGGAUGGUGUACGUGGCUGCUUUUGCAGUAUCUGCAUAUGCAUCCAGUUACUGCAGGGCUGGAAGUAAGCCAUUUAAUCCGGUGCUUGGAGAAACCUAUGAAUGUGUCCGGGAAGAUAAGGGCUUCCAAUUUUUUUCAGAACAGGUCAGUCAUCACCCACCAAUAUCUGCAUGUCAUGCUGAAUCUGUGAAUUUUGCUUUUUGGCAAGAUGUGAGAUGGAAAAACAAAUUCUGGGGAAAGUCCAUGGAAAUCGUUCCAAUUGGUACAACACAUGUAACUCUGCCAGCUUUCAGAGACCAUUUUGUGUGGAAUAAGGUGACUUCUUGUAUCCAUAACAUCUUAAGUGGGCAAAGAUGGAUUGAACACUACGGAGAGAUCAUCAUCAAAAACCUGAAUGAUGACACUUGUCUCUGCAAACUGACUUUCAUAAAGGCAAAAUAUUGGAAUCCUAAUAUGCAUGAGAUUGAAGGCACUGUCAUGGACAGAAAUGGGAAAGUAGUGCAUCGGCUUUUUGGGAAAUGGCACGAGAGUAUACAUUGUGGGACCCCGUCUUCACCAACCUGCAUAUGGCGAGCAAAUCCCAGGCCUAAAGAUUAUGAGCAGUUUUAUGGAUUUACACAGUUUGCAUUAGAGUUAAAUGAAUUGGACCCACAGACUAGGCCAUUCCUACCACCUACUGACACACGAUUUAGGCCAGACCAAAGGUUUCUAGAGGAAGGGAAUAUUGAAGGAGCUGAAAUGCAAAAGCAGAGGAUUGAACAGUUACAGAGAGAACGGCGAAAGAUUCUAGAAGAAAACAACCUGGAGCAUCAACCUAGAUUUUUCAGGAAAUCCACAGAUGACUCCUGGGUGAGCAAUGGAACAUACAUGGAUCUUAGAAAAGACCCUGGUUUUUCCAAACUGGACAAUCCUGUUCUCUGGUGAGAGAGGACCUUAGAAGAUGCUCAUCUGUGUUACUCUGAUUUAUGUGUGUGUUCCGCUUCAUACAUUAAGUGUACCUUCUAGAAUUGUGCUUCAUUUAGAAUUUGACACAUAUAUUUUCUUCAUUUUUAUUGUUACCAUGAUUGUCUGAAUGUAU